AUGCAAAGGACAGAUCGAGGUGGAGGUUGGCGUCGGGUGCAACGGUUUAUGCAUGAGUCUGAGAAACAGUGUUUUGAUAUCCUCCGAAUGAAUCAAGGUACAUUUCUGAGUUUAUGUCAGGUGCUAUCACAGAAAUAUAAACUUGAAGAAUCAUGCCAUGUCUAUCUUGAAGAGAGUGUAGCAAUGUUUAUUGAAAUGGUGGCACAAGAUGUAACAGUCCGGGUCUUAGCUGAACGAUAUCAGCAUUCUUUGGAUACAGUAAAAAGAAAGCUAGAUGAUGUUUUAGCGGUUCUGUUGAAGCUUGCAGCAGAUAUAGUGAAGCCAUCCAGAGGUGAGUUUGCAAAACCUAGUCCUAAACUAGUAAAAGAUAGUAGGUAUUGGCCUUUUUUUGAAAACUGCAUUGGUGCUUUGGAUGACACUCAUAUAUCUGUUCGCCCUCCAUCUAAUAGUGCGGAAGCAUAUAGAGGUAGAAAAUCUGAACCAACAAUGAAUGUUCUAGCGAUCUGUAACUUUAGCAUGAGAUUUAUAUUUGCUUAUGUUGGAGUUCCUGGUAGAGCACAUGACACUAAGGUUUUAACACAUUGUGCUACUCAUGAACCUUCCUUCCCUCAUCCACCAAAUGGCAAGUACUAUCUAGUAGACUCAGGUUACCCAACUAGAACCGGUUAUCUAGGGCCUCAUUGUAAAGCUAGGUAUCAUCGUGAUCUGUUUGCAAGGGGAGGACCACCUACUAGCACUAGAGAGCUGUUUAACCGUAGACAUUCUAGUUUGCGUUCUAUGAUAGAGAGAACAUUUGGUGUUUGGAAAGCAAAGUGGAGGAUUUUAGAUAGGAAACAUCCUAAGUAUGAGCUGAAAAAGUGGAUAAAGAUUGUGACAGCAACUAUGGCACUUCACAACUUUAUUCGAGAUUCACACUUUGAAGACCGUGACUUUGCUUAUUGGGAGAUGGUAGAUUAUUAUGAGAAUCAUGGUGACCAAGCUGUAGAAAAUGAAGAAGAAGGUAACAUUGAACAUACUCCAUACAUUCCAACUGGUGAUAGAGCAAUGGAGACUCUCCAUGAUGUUAUAACUGAAAAGAUAGGAAGAGGACGUCAACUUCCGUAUUAG